CUGAUAAAGUCACAUGACACAGCUGUCAUGGCGGCCGAGCUCACAGGGCGGUGUAGGUAGUUAGACUGUAGUUUCGCCGACAUGUACCCACUUCUGGACAAAAACAAACCAUGAGCAGCUGUUUUCAUCGGGAUAAACACGCUAAACACUGACACACACCUGGGAAAGCGUGCCGUCAUGCAUCCGUUCGGCCGAGAGGAGGAGAGCUCCGUGAAGGACCUGUUUGUCUUUUUCACUCAGUGUUUACGGCAUGGCGAGUGGGAACUGGCCGCCGCUUGUGUCCGACAGCUCGGUCAAGCUGCCGGAGAUGUUCCGUGGCGUCCUGACGACAUCAUCGCUGCGCUUAUCGCGCAACCGUAUCGACUUGCGUGGGAGACAGCAGGAAGUCCUCACAGACUCGCAUGGUUCUGGCUGCAGGUGCUGGUGAAACACUCAAAAGACAAGGUGUCUCUCUCAGUCCGGAGAGAGCUAGCCUUCCUGCUGAUUUUAGAGGAGCUCGGAGAGGAGGUGCCUCAUUCUGUACUAAAGGAGCUGCAUCAGGCCUUCCUGGAGUCUGAGCGUGUCGAGAGGAAGGACUCGCCCUCCGUUCUUCCUCUGAGUGACGCCGCUCUGUCCUCCAUCCGCUCCACCCUCUCUGAGCGCAGUCCACGUCUGACCCACGCCCUGCUCCGCUUCCUGAAACACACGAACGUAUCCAGCGUCUUUCUCCAAUAUCUCCUGGAGCUUAUGGAGGAGAAGGAGGGCAAGAGGAGUGAGGUAUGGGCAGAGGAGGUGUGCGGCGCUCUGGCUCUUGCUCCAUGUGCAGCAGAGGCGGAGCUGGAGCGGCUGUGGGCGGGGCUAUGGAGGGCAAGGGAAGGGCCUCUAAGUGAGGAGAGGGUGAUGGGAUGCCUGAUCCGACCUCAGAGUCACACUCUGCUCAUGCACUACUGUGCCACAGCUCUGCGACUCAACAGGGACAGGCUGCUCCAAGAUGCAAUGCACACACAGGUGGAGUUACCUGAAGCAGAGAGGCUCAUGCUUGGCCUGUGUUGUCAUGGUGACCGUCAUGCAGCUUGGAAAGCCAUCUACUUUGAGUGUUUGAGCAGUGGAAAGCACUUUCUGGAGCAGGUUCUGGUCACAGGGCUUGACCUCAUAAAGAAGGAGGAGUUUUCUAAACUGGAGGCGUUGCUUGGGGUGGAGUUUCAGCCGCUGUCCCGCCUCCUUCUUUUGCUGGGAUGGAAACACUGCCAGAGCCUUGACUCCGCCCAGCGGCUCCUCAGGACUCUGCACCAACAGCAGGCCAAAGACACUGUCCUCAGUGACUUUGCGAACGUCCUCUCAUCUCAGUUAAGGGUGUUGGAGUGGUGUGCCAAAAACAACCUUGAGAUCUCCCAUGAGGCCUUGCUGUCUCAGCUGCACAGCCUGGAUCAUCACUCUGCUCUCUAUGUGCUGCACUCACUCACUCCUCUGGCUAAGUAUGACGAGCAGAGAGUGUUGGAGCUGCUCCACGCCACAGGAGACUCUUUGUCUGGAGAUGCUCAGAGCAGCUGCGUCCAGCGCAACAUCACCAUGUUCAGGGCCUUCUGUGCCAUGAAAUACGCCGUCUAUGCCGUGUGUGUGAACACGCGUGUCUGCUGUUCAGAUUUGGGUUCGGCGCAGGUACCGCAGAAGGAACAGGCUGAAGGUCACUCGUCCCUGUUCCAGCAUUACCUCUCGGAGUGUCAGCUCUACUUGGAAGCAGUUCCUACCAUGUUUCGCCUGGAGCUCCUGGAGAACAUCUUCUCGUUACUUUUCCUGUCCUUCUCUGACUUUGCCGAAUCGAAUCGCUCCGGCAAGGAGAGCAAACGGAGCGGCAGCACUGAAGAGAAGCGCAAAGAAGAAGAGAAGGGCGAGUGUUCUGCGAGUGUCAAGUCUGGUCAGGUGACUUCGGGCUGUUGUGGCUUCCUGCUGAACCCUGGUACGAUGGAGGGAGUCCUGCGGCUCCUCAGAGAGGGACUGGAGGGAAUAUGUGCCCUCGGGAGGACGCUGGAGGCCGAGGCGGAGCUGGCUCAGAGUCUGGGCUGCUCGGUUACGGUGGAGACGUUCAGCUCUCGCUUACAGAGGCUCUCCAAACACACGGCCGAGGCUCAGUGGAGGCUGCAGAUCGUCACAACCAAUCAGGGGAACCCAAGCAGUGAGUCAGGUGGUCCGGCUCUACCCUCCCCAGGCCUGACCUCUGCCCUCCCCCUGAGGCGUAGCAGCAGCAGCAGCAGUGGUGUUUCUGGUGUCCGGAAGAAGAAGCGAUUGCGUCGCCGUCGUCCCGAGCGACGCAUGGCCUCCGAACGACAGAACGGAGAGAUCAGCACCAGCGCUUCAGACGGCAGUGGUAGCACCGUGCCAGUGUGUGUGGAGUAUGAAGUGUGUUUUUGUGGAGGACCUCACAGCUGGCUCGUUCCCUCCAUGCUCUCCCCGCCUGAGUCUCUCUUGAUCUCCUGCAUACGCAGAGGAAACUACGUGGAGGCUCAUCAGGUGAUGCUGAUGUUUGGGCUAGAAAAUGCGCCAUGUUGUGGGGAGCUCUUCUUCAUGGAGCGUUACCACGAGGUUCUGUCUGAGCUCGCUCAGGUCGAGCAGAAGAUCGAGAGCCAGUCCCUUUCUUCGUUAUCGUCCUCCACGGAGGCUCUGGGGUCAGUCGGGGUGACGGGACCGGGACGGAGCCGCCUGGGCAGCAGCAGCAGAUCCACUCUGCAGAGCAUCGGCAACGCAGCUGCAGCGGGCAUGGCGUUCUACUCCAUCUCCGACGUCGCUGAUCGUCUCCUGAGCUCUCCCUCUCGUCCUCUGGCCUGUCUGGAGGAGAACUACUGGCUCUCUCACCUUCUCUCUGACCCCUCAGACCCCCUGCGCCCUCUGCUGGAGGAGCUGAGUCCUGCUGGCAUGGCCGCUUUUGACCUGGCCUGCUGCCAGUGCCAGCUGUGGAAGAGCUCAAGGCAGCUUCUGGAGACGGCUGAGCGCAGACUGCAUGCUUCACUGGAGAGUCGAGGUAUGACACUGGACUGGGACGUUCAUCAUUCUGAAGGCGUUCGGGGAUUUCCUUCUGUACUGCAGCAGAUCAGUAAAAUACUCAACAGAACAACGACCAGCAAAGGGCCACCCAAAUCGGACUCUAACAGAGACGAGGGUGGAGUCACGCCUCCGUUCGGCUGCAGCGCUCAGGAAGUCCUCCUCUGUAGUCACACGUCCCUCACGGAGGACGCCAUCGCCACCCGCCUCAUGCUCGUCCAGCGCCUCGAGGUCACACUGCAGACUCUGACCUCCGCCCUCGACAUGGCCGGGGAGAGUCAGUCGGCCAGCUCUGUCCUGACGUGUCUGUUGGACCAGGCAGGCCUGAAGCAGUCCGAGCUCGACUCGCACCCCGUCCGCUCUGCUAUGAAACAGCUCUUGCGCUCCCUGGACCAGCUGUGCCCUUUCGAACUGGGCGGUGCCACCAGUAGUCCAGAUUACAUGCGCAGCUUCCUGGAUUAUAUCAACAUGCUGGCGUCAGUGCUGGUGCGCAGCCUGGGCUCCGAAGAUCAGAGUUCGGCGGUGAAAUUGGGGAAUCCUCUGCUCGUGCUGCUGCAGUCGCCACAUCAGCUCCUCUCACACCUGCUCUUCGACAGACAGGUCACACCCGACAGGUUACUGUCUCUGCUGCAUCAGGAGGGUCUGCAUGUAAACGUCCAGCAGGUCAUAGUGCAGCGCUGCUGUGAUCCACUCCCUCUCUGGGUCCCUCCCUCCACGAAGGGCGCAGGAGCCGAAGGAGGAGCUUUCUGCCCAUCCAGCAUCGCCUCUCUCCUCCAUCAGCACACUCAGGAGCGAACUUUCACCGUUGACCUUUCUGAACCGCCCACCGUCUCCGAACCCAGCUCGGAAUCUGAGGCGUCGGUCGAAAACAGCGUCUCCCCCAUUCUCUCCACCUCUCCUCCUUCUCCGUCUUUGUCUUCAUCCUCGUCCUUCUCUUCAUCGUCAUCGUCGUCCUCUGUGUCUUCUUUCCUCCUCACAGCCUCUGCUCUGUCGUUCCUGAAAUCCCGCUCUCCGCUCGUCGCUGUCCUGGCGUUGCUCAGCGUGAGUAGGGUGGAGAUCGCCCGCGUGGCGUCCUCUCCGUGGCCCGGACUGCCUUCGUAUUUUCGAAGCGUUGGGCGUAAAGAAACUCCGCUGGACUUGGAGCAGAUCUCCAAAGAGGUCGAAGCUUUGCUCGCGUCCUUCCCUAUCCUCAAGGCCUUCCUAGUGGACAUGGCGGCGCCCUUGCUGGGGUCGUCUCCUGACGCUGAGGAAGGCGUCGGAGCAGCCCUGAGCAGGAAGUCGGGCACAGUGGCCGUGCUCUUCUCCGGGUCUCAGGAUGGAACGGGUCAGGCGAUAGUGGGUGAAGCUUUCCAGCAGGCUUUGAGCACCGGAGACCUGAACCGAGCUCUGAGCCUGCUGGAGCUCUACGCACAAAACUGCAACCAGAAGGGGGCGCUACGGGACAGACUGCUCGCCUGCACCACCCUGGCAGAGCAGCUGUUCCGGGUGAAGGACUGGGAGCUGCGAGCCCGUGUGGCGCUUCAGGGUUUGGAGCGAUGGCCUCUUCACAGCUGCCUGGAGCUGCUGCAGUUCUGCCUCAGUGACUCGAGCCCAGAUCACACGCUCACGCCCCAGCUGCGGCAGAGAAAACAUGAACUCGACAUGUACAACAGGAUGCUGAGCCUACAGCCUCCACUGGAAUGGCAGACGUGGCAGGAGUUGAAGGAGGAGUCGAGCAGAAACCCAGAGUCCAUGUUCUCCCUUUUGCUGAAGACACAGGAGUUUGAUUUGUGUGCUCAGUGGGUGCAGCUGUAUCCCGUAUCGGAGCAAUCUAAACUGCAGCUCCAGACUGAACACCUGCUCCAUCUGCUGGAGAACGGCUUAACCGAGGACGCCUUCCAGCUUCUCGAGGGCCUUCCUGAUUCGCUGGAGGUUAGCGAGCACGCGCUAGAUCAGAGGCCCGGAUUGGCUGCCUGCCACUUCCUGUCCGAUUACCUCACGCUGCACUUUCAGAGCCGGAUGACGCCAGCACGUAGACGCCACAUACACGCCCUGCACCUGGGCUCUAAGGUGUUGCUGACACUUCCGGAAGCUUCUCGGCAGGACUACUUCCAGCUGCUGGCGGAUCCUCUGCUCAUGCUGGAGCAGCUGUUGAUGAACCUGAAGGUGGAAUGGUUGUCGGUCGCCGUCUCGACCCUCCGGAACCUUUUACCGACCCAGGAAGCAGGAAUCACCAACCUGGAUAUCGACACACUGCUGGCCGAGUACGCAAAGAACGCCCUGGACUUCCCCUACGCCCCCCGAGAGAGGGCACGCAGCGACUCAGUGAUCAGCUUGCAGGACGUGCUGCUGCAGUGUCCCGUUCAGGAGAGCGCGUCGUCUUCUCCUAGCCGCACCCCGCCUCCCUCGACAGGCGGCACUCCCAUGCAUACUCCAUCCAGCUCCAGCCAUGAACAAGACAGAGGUUCGGGUGGGAAGAAGCCCCGCCCCUCGUCCAUGUUCACCCCUCCAGAGAAAACCCCGGAGCGUAAAGACUGGAUUCCUGACCACCACAGGCACAUCUGCAUGGUCUGUCAGAGAGAGAGAUUCACCAUGUUUAACCGGCGGCAUCACUGCAGGCGCUGUGGCCGCUUGGUGUGUCACGCCUGCUCCAGCAGGAAGAUGGUGGUGGAGGGGAGUGAGGAGCCCGUGAGAGUGUGUGACCAGUGCUACAGCUUCUUCCACACAGCUUCGGAUGAAGAGCUGGAGCAGGCCGAAGUAGCAGGCAGUCCGGUGUCUGCUGAGGGAACGCUAGACGGCGUCCUCUGUCUCCCUGAGGUUCCUCAGAGGCAGUACAGACUCAGUCCCAAUGCAGCAGAGAACCAGCAGCUACACAACGAAUUCUACUACGAACAGGCACCAAGCGCGUCCCUGUGCGUGUCCAUCCUCAGCCUUCACAGUGACCACGCCGCCUGCGGUCGCCAGCUGAUUGGUCACUGCCGCUCGAUCUCAUGCAAACUGACCAAUCCUGAGGUGGACGCUCGUCUCCUGACCGACGUCAUGCAGCAGCUCAUGUUCAGCGCUAAGCUGAUGUUUGUAAAAGCUGGACGCAGCCAGGACCUGGCUCUGUGUGACAGCUACAUCAGUAAGGUGGACGUGUUGAAGAUCCUGGUCAGUGCUAACUAUAAGUACAUCCCGUCUCUGGACGACAUUUUGGAGACGACGGCAGUGACGCGUCUGAGGAACCAGCUGCUCGAGGCAGAGUAUUAUCAGCUGGCUGUGGAGGUGUCUACCAAAAGCGGUCUGGACCCGAGCGGCGUGUGGCACGCGUGGGGCAUGGCGCUCCUGAAGGGGAGAUGUCUGUGCGCAGCCCGGGAGAAGUUCGCACGCUGCCUGAAAGCUCCGGUGGACAGAAACCAGCUGAACCUGGGGUCACGACUGCUGCAGGAGAUCGUCCAGCACCUGGAGUCUACCACACGACUCGCGCCGAGCCCGACAGCAGAUAACGACCUCCUGGCGUCCCUGACCGAGCUGGAGGAGGCUCUGCGCGAUACGUCACCGGCGGACCGGACGGAGAACCGGUUGCAGCGCUUUGGACACCAUCAGGAGUGUGUGUACUACCUGAUGAGCUACGGCACACACCUGAGUCUCGUUUCCUUCUACCUGCGUCACGACUGCCUGAAGGACGCACUCACAUAUCUGCUCAGCAAGGAGUGUCCAGAAGACGUGUUUCUGGAGGGCGUGCUCCAGCCGUGUUUGGAACGAGGCCGAUUGGGCGUCCUGCAGGGGCUCCUGGAGAGUCUGGAUGCUACGUUGGAGAGCUGGGGGCGAUACCUGAUACCAGCGUGCCAAAUGCUCCAGCGCAAGGGUUAUUACCAUACCCUGUACCAACUACAGCAGUUCAUGAUGGACCACGUCCGAGCGGCUAUGACGUGUAUCCGCUUCUUCACACACAAGGCUCACUCCUACGUGCAGUUGGGUGAGCAGCAGCGCUGGCUGGUCCGAGCCAAAGAGCACCUGAGGGCCUUCCUACAGGAGCAACAGAACCGCCGCAAAACCUUCUCUUCUUCCUCAUCGUCGUCAUCCUCCUUCAGGAAAAAAAUGAGCUCCAGCGACGUCUCCAGACACAUGAACACCAUCAUGCUGCAGCUGGAAGUGACACGUUUUCUGCAUCGAUGCGAAAGCUCCUCCUCCUCUAGAGCCGCCACAAGCCCCACCCCUACAGGCAACAGUGCCCCACCCACUCUUUUUGGAGGAAGUCCCAUGAAGGUGGAUGUGGCCUGCAGGGUGAUGCUGGGGGGCAAAAACAUUGAGGAGGGGUUCGGCAUUGCUUAUCGAGUCAUACAGGAUUUUCAGUUAGACGCUCUGGCUGUGUACGUGCGUGUUGGUCAGCGGUUGGUGAGUCUGCGUGAGUACCAGGCCAUACGCCAGCUGCUGAAGUGUGUGAGCGAGUCAGGAACCGCCACCAAACAUGACUGCGACACCAUUGUGCUCAGCUGCGUCUCGGCCUGGGACAAAAACCCUGCUGAUGCCAAAGAGUUGGAGGCUCUGAUUUUGGAGUCCAAAUCCACAGAGAAUAAAAUUAAAGCGUACCUGAUGUGCAAUAAGCUGAGGGCGGCGUAUCUCCUGGCGGUGAAGCUGGACCCUGUGAAGGCGUGUGCGCUCGUACGGGACGUCCUCCAGGCCGCCGAGGUCUCGAGCGACUCCGUCAUGCAACAGAUCUGCCGUCAGUGGCUCUCGGAACACCAGGAGCCGGCGUCACGGAAGCACCACGGCAACAAAAGGUAGCAUCGGUGGCUUAAUUUCUGACCGACUGUAGCUUCAAAAGGCCGACUGGGCCUCAAAGCUUCGCUCUGUUUGAGCGGUCGGGGGUUUGAGAGACGCUUGAAUUGAGCCACCGACAUGCCUCGUGGUGUCACAUGAUCAGGUCAGGUGACUUUACGGCCACAUCCAUAACCGACCCCUGGUAGUUUGCCGUAAGGACAUGUCUACACGAGCGCAAAGGUUCUUUUUAAAGGCAGUAUUAUUCACUACAGGGUAAUAAAUCUUAUAAAAGCCAGUUCGGAACAUCUUAAAAACCACUAACAAUUUUACUGCGCCUUUCUCAAACAGAUGCACAUCCUCUUAAUUGAACAGUCUGACUGAAAAUAAAAUGUACACAAUUUCCCCCUACUACUUCAUACGCAGUCAAUCAUGCCAAGACUGGAGCUUUGAGGCUAAUACGGCUAACAAGUAAGAGAAGCUAAUAGCUACCAGUUUACCUUUUUACAAAUAAAAUGCAUACGUAAACCACACGUAAAUCCUCAAACUCCUGCUUCAUAGAAAACUGUAAGCUCUCCUGGGGUGGCGGGGGUUGGGGGGGGGGAUGUCAGUAUUAAAAAAAAUCCAAUUUUUCACAUACAUAAAUUUGAACUAUAUUGUUAUAUAAUAUAGUUUUUUUUUUUUAAAACACAAUUUACACUGCAAUGUCUUUUUGUCCACAUUUACAGUCUCAAAAUCUGCAUAAGCACCGAACAACUCUACAAAGCCUCUAAGCUUCCAUUACUUGUUAGCGACGAUAGUCUCGGCGCUCAAUAAAGAAGCUGAGUCAGCUAACGUUGGCUAACGUCUUGGUUGAUCGUAUACAGUUGACCUAAGGGAAAUGCUGUGUAUUCCUUUAAUGGCUGAGUUUGGGCUCAAUAAAUCUGUCAGCAUCCAGUAUUAGCCUCAUUUUAAUUUCCUACCUCAGAUAAAUAGGGUGCUUCCUUCUCGUUCCUUACCGAUUCCACUUUGUUUCUUCGCUGUGUCUCGGCUUAUGUGUGUUAAACCAUGCCAAUUUUUCAUAUUAUACUGUAGUCUUAAGUUCUGUUAGUCAUCGAUUAGUAGGUUCUGUAUUCGGGCCACAAAGUGUUUCUUAGCAUUAGCAUUCUCAUUAGCAUUCAUGUAUUGUCACAUGGUCUGUCCCAAACCACACCUUAAUUACAAUGCAGUGCACUAUUUGGGGAGUGUGGUGCUUUUGUAAAUCGUGUAGGAAACCGAGGGGAUUUGAAUAGUACCUUAAGUCAUAUUCUAGGCAGUUGGAUUAGAUGAGAUAAGCUGACAGGAUUUCUCACCGGAUUUUUCAGUCUUUUAUUAAGACUGGACUUGUGGUUGGAUUUAAUGUCAUGUUCUUGCUAGCAAGCUAACCUGCACUAAUCUGACAGGAUUUCUCACAGGAGAACUCUCCAGCUAAAACAACCCAGUCUCAUUUGCCAGGAUUUCUGCCAGAAUUUGCUCAUACUCUCACUAGCAAGCUCACGUACUUCAUUUCUGACAGGAUUUCUAAAUCGUAUUCGUACUAGCUAGCUAACCUUAUGUCAGGAUUUUAAAUCUGUGUAGGAUUUUUCAGUCCUUUUCUGGCUAGCAAGCUAACAUGAGCUCUUCCGACAGGAGUUUAAGAAAUGAGUAUGGUUUCCCUUGAGAAACAUUUCGCAAUGCUAUUGUUUAACCAAUACGGGAAACCUGAAUGUUGUAGAUUUACUGUGGGAUAUACGCUUCCUCCGAACGAGGGCAUUAGUGAUAAAAAUAAAACGACACGAUAAGGGAUUUCUGCGAACAGCACAGAUGUAUAAAGCACUUGUUAAAAAUUUUAUCAUUCUGAAAGGAUAUUAUAACAUAUAAUCUGCUGCACGAGCAAUACUGACUGGAAAGCUCUCUGAAAUGAUUAGCAUUGCCUUUGGAUGAAAGUCUGUCAAGUUUAUUUGGUGUGUGUGUGUGAGUGUGAGUGAAAAUUUGUCACGUUUUUCCUGUAGUGUGUGAGAUAUGGCAUCCCAUCUUGUGUCUGACCCAUUCUGUAAUUGAGAACGUCUUCUAGGACAUGUUUCCAGACUGAUUUCUGUGAUGCAGAAUCUACUUCUUUACAAUUCUUUGUAUUCUUUUCACUGUUUGCCUUUAAUCAAUCACUUGAAUCGAUCGGUUCAUUGGAUAACUCAAUACUUAAAGGGAAAUAAUGUGAUUUUGCUCUAUGGACACAGUGAUGUCAGAUAACAGCAGAUAAUGUUUACACUGUCCUUUGCACAGAAUAAAUAAAAUUGACGCAUGUAAAUACAGGAAAUACAGUCAGAUAUAAAUGGAAUUAAAUCCUGCCAAAUGUUGAAGCAAUAACCUUU